CUACGACGACGAUGUAGGAUGACUAGAGAUGCUGCCCUCGAUUCGACAGCUGCAUCCGUAUCUCCCGUCCUCCGCAGGCGAAGGCGAGGGUGAGAGUGGAGGGGACGAACCGAAGAAGAAGAAGAGGAGGAGACAGGCGCUGAGCUGCACUGAGUGUAAGCGCCGCAAGAUUAGAUGCGAUAGGAACCAGCCGUGCGCGCCGUGUGUGAGACGGGGCGAGCAGAGCAAGUGUCUCUGGAACGUCGUCGAGCCGGCUGAAAAAUACGCGACUCGUGCCGAGUACGAUGAACUGAAGGCGCGCGUGGAGCACCUCGAGGCCCUCGUUGAGCGUCUUACCCAGUCCCAGGCUCAGUCCCAGUCCCAGGCUCAGGCUCAGCCCCAUCCCCAGCCCGGGCCUCCUCCGCCGUUCAUCUCACCGCCCCCGCAGCCAAAAAACUGGGCAGCGCUGACGUUCCUGGUCCUGGGCGGACGUCAGCGCUGUUCUCGCCCCCUCGGAGGUACACCGGCCCCGGAUCCGCCUUUAACCCACCCUAUCAGUCGCCAUAUACACCGUACACGCCCUACCCAUAUUCCCGCUCGUCCCCGACGUACUCGUCUUACCCCCAGUCGAGUGUCCCAUCUACCUCUGCACCAUCUUCGUCCGCCGUACCCUCUUCGUCUACCUCUUCCUAUCCACCGCCCCACCCGCCGUCCCCAUCUCCCCCUCGGCGCUAUAGCGACCCCGAGAGGAGAUGAUCUUUAGCGCAUAAUGCCGUCCCUGUUUCAUAUCCUAA